AGCUGAUCCUCUGCUCACAUCAGAGCUAACAGGCUAACAGGCUAACAGUGACCAUGGAUGUGAGCCGGCUCGCACCGGGACGGCGUCGCGGUGUCACCGGACAGCGAUAACGAUUGUCUACGGCGGCGACCCGCGUCUCUCCUCGUGUUUAUCUGUCUAGUUUGCACAUUUCUCCUGCAGUCAGUCGCUUAUCUCUGCGACUUUUGCCCUCUUUAUCCCGCCGCGGGCUGCAGCUGCCCACAGUUGUCUCGUUAGCUCGUUAGCCUGUUAUAAAGCGGCUCGCCGAGGCUAGCGGACCCGGAGCGGACGGACAACAGCGGGAUGUGCGAUGGCAUCGGUCCGGGUGGCUGUACGGGUCAGGCCCAUGAACAGGCGGGAGAAGGACUUGACUGCAAAAUCCAUCAUCAAGAUGGAAGGAAACAAAACCUCCAUCACCAACCUGAAGAUCCCCGAUAGCAUCUCAGGUGAGUCAACGAGGGAUCGAACCAAAACUUUUACGUACGACUUCUCCUACGACUCCACAGAGUGCAAGAGCUCCACAUUUGUCUCCCAGGAAAAGGUUUUCAAAGAUUUGGGCUCAGAUGUGCUGAAGGCUGCAUUUGAGGGCUACAAUGCCUGCGUCUUCGCCUACGGUCAGACCGGCUCGGGGAAGUCCUACACCAUGAUGGGAAAUCCAGGAGACGCAGGUCUGAUCCCAAGGUUCUGUGAAGGUCUGUUCAGUCGAAUCUCUGAGGCGACUCGAUGGGAUGUAGCUUCAUUUCGUACAGAAGUCAGCUACCUGGAGAUCUACAACGAGAGGGUGAGGGACCUGCUCAGGAGGAAAUCCACUCAGACCUACAACCUGAGAGUCAGGGAGCAUCCAAAAGAUGGACCGUAUGUAGAAGAUCUAUCCAAACACCUGGUGCAGAACUACAGCGACGUGGAGGAGCUGAUGGAGGCCGGAAACAUCAACCGCACCACUGCCAGCACCGGCAUGAACGACGUCAGCAGCCGCUCGCACGCCAUCUUCACCAUCAACUUCACACAGGCUAAGUUCGAUGCAGAGAUGCCAAGUGAGACGGUCAGUAAAAUCCACCUGGUCGAUCUGGCCGGCAGCGAGCGAGCUGAUGCCACGGGAGCAACAGGCGUCCGCCUCAAAGAAGGAGGGAACAUCAACAAGUCGCUGGUCACCCUAGGCAACGUCAUCUCUUCUCUGGCUGACAUGUCACAGGACGGAGUGAACACCAACCUGAAGAAGAAGUCGGUGUUUGUCCCCUACAGAGACUCGGUGCUAACAUGGCUGCUGAAAGACAGCCUGGGCGGCAACUCCAAAACCAUCAUGAUUGCCACCGUUUCCCCUGCUGAUGUGAACUACGGUGAGACACUCAGCACUCUGAGAUACGCCAACCGGGCCAAGAACAUCAUCAACAAACCCACCAUCAACGAGGACAGCAACGUCCGGCUGAUCAGAGAACUGCGGGCUGAAAUCGCCCGACUGAAAGCUCUGCUGGUUCAGGGCAACCAGAUUGCUCUUCUGGAUUCGCCCACUGCUCUGAGCAUGGAGGAAAAACUGCACCAGAACGAAGCCAGAGUCCUGGAGCUGACUAAAGAAUGGACCAACAAAUGGAACGAGACACAGAACAUUCUCAAGGAGGAGACUCUUGCUCUAAGGAAAGAGGGGAUCGGUGUGGUAUUGGACUCAGAGCUGCCUCACCUCAUCGGCAUCGACGACGACCUUCUCAGUACCGGCAUCAUCCUGUAUCAUUUAAAGGAGGGACGGACAUACGUGGGCAGAGACGAUGCAUCUACAGAGCAGGACAUCAUCCUGCAUGGUCUGGACCUGGAAAGUGAACACUGCAUGUUUGAGAACCAGAAUGGCAAAGUGACUCUGGUGCCGCUCGGCGGAGCUCAGUGUUCGGUUAAUGGAGUUCAGGUGACAGAGCCGUCGCAUCUUAACCAAGGUGCUGUUAUUCUGCUCGGCAGGACCAACAUGUUUCGCUUCAACCAUCCGAAGGAGGCGGCCAAGCUGAGGGAGAAACGAAAGAGUGGCCUGCUCUCUACAUUCAGCCUCUCUAUGACAGAUCUGUCCAAGUCCUGUGAAAACCUGUCCACUGUGAUGCUCUACAACCCCGGUCUCUUCACUGAGAAGGGCCCCGUCUUCCUCAGGUUGGAGUUUGAGAGACAGCAACGGGAAGAGUUGGAGAAACUGGAAAUGAAAAGGAGGCUGAUCAAGGAGAUGGAGGCAAAGCACCAGAGUGAGAAAGCAGAGUUGGAGCGCCUGCAGCAGGAGGUGGAGAGUCAGCGAAAGGAGUCUGAGGAAGUGCAGCAGCGAAUCCUCCGCCAAGAGGAGAACCUCCGUCGCCGCAGCCAGGACAUCGAGAGCCGCCUGCAAGACUUCCUGGCCGAGAAGGAGCGCUUUGAGGAAGAGAGACGCUCAGAGAUCCAGGGUGGGGACCUCCAGCAGCAGAACCCGCAACAGGAAGCAGAGGAGAAGCUGGAUGCGGAGCAGCGGCGGCAGCAGGAGGCUGCAGAGCAGACUGAGAUCUACCGUGAGCUGGAGAGGCUGAAGAGGGAGCGCGAGGAGCAGAAGGUCCGUCUGGAGACUGAGCGGCGGCGGCUGGAGGAGCAGGAGCGGGAGCAGCUGAGUCUGGUGGGGAGGCUUGAGGAACAGCUUAGAGAGAAACAUGAGGCAGCCACCACCCUGUUGACCCGGGAAGACGCCCGCCGUCUGGAGGAGGAGCGUCGAGCUCUGGCUGAGAUCAGAGAAGCUCUCCUCCGUGCCAAAGAGGCAGGAGAGCGGCCAGAUGUGGAGGAUGCCAGCGAGGACGUGAGAUCUGCCCAGGCACGAUACACCGACUUCAAGGAGGCUCAGGUAAAGGAGCUGGGCCAGCUGGUGGAGGGGCUCCAGCAGAAGAAGGAGCAGCUGGAGAAAGAGGUCGCUGCUGAGCGUAGUACACUGCUAAUGCUCACCCGCGGCCUUAAAGAACGACAGCAGCAGCUCAAAGAGGAGCAGGAAAAGGGGGCACAGGAAGCUACAGCUGUCUGCCAGGAGGAGCAACUGGUCAAACAGGCGGAGCACAGACUGCAGUACAAGGAGCGUCAGCUGACCAGCGUGGCCGAUGGCCUUCUCCCUGCGCUGGCUGAGGAGAAGCAGAGAGCCGUGGAGAUGCUGGAGCGCAGCGGCGGAGGCAGCAACGGGAACUGCGACAGCCCACCUGGGCUUGACAACACACUGUACCAGGUGGAGAAAGAGCUGGAGGAUAAAGAGGAGAAACUGAACCUCCACUGGCACAGCGCUCAACAGCUCCAGCAGCUCCAGGAGACCUACGAGUUCACAGCCAAUGUGGCGCGGCAGGAGGAGAAGGUGAGGAGGAAGGAGAAGGAGAUCCUGGAGUCAAAGGAGAAGCAGCAGAGGGAGGCGAUGGAGCAGGCAGUGGUCCGGCUGGAGAGGAGACACUCAGCACUGAGGCGCAGUCUCUCCAUGGAGCCCGACACUGAGGAGCAGAGACACAAGAGCUCGCUCAUCAGGAACCCGAGGACGGGGUCUGACCUGGACCAGCAGAGAGUGGAGCGAGAGAUCCAGAAGCUGAGACAGCGGAUAAGCGAAGGGGAAGAAAACAACAGGACUCACUCCAUUAAUAGCGACGAGAAGACGAGUCAUAACAGCUCCCCCGUCAGCCACAUCCAGAGUCUGAACACACUACUGCCACUGUCGGACGACAGGAUAAAUGCAUAUAUUGAAGAGGAAGUCCAGCGAAGGUUACGGAAGAUGAAUCUUCUCAAUGGCAGCAGCAGCAACAUUGAUCUCUCUCUGUCCUGUGAAUCUCUCAGGGAGGAGGAUGAAGUUAGCGACUGUAGCUCUGUUAGAUUAACAGACGAGGAUGAUGAAAAGCUGCAAAACAUCAAUCCAAGGAGGCUUAAAUAUGAGAGAAACUGCGGGUUGUGGUCUAGCUUCCUGCCUGCCUUGGAGCUCGAAGAAAACUCCCCUCCUCACAUCCCAGAAAACAUGUUUGAAGAACCUCAGACCAGCCUCUUAAAACUUCACAGAGGACAAAAACUUGAAUUCACACCUGGAGUCUUUAUAGAAAAACAGGAGGUGCCUUACAAAGAUGGGGACAAAAGAGAAUGGUGUCACGAAGGAGUGAAUAUCCCUGUAGGAGAAGUGCGCCGAAUUGUUUGUGAGCUUGAUAGACAACACAAGUUCUCUGCAACUUCAGCAAACACCUUGACCAGCAAAUUUGAUGAAAACGAGAAUAUCACUGAUAAAAAAAGAAGCGAUUCUGCUCCUUGUGUUUCUGUUGAUGAUGAUAAAAAGAUUGAAGGUGGAGCGAAGGAGUUGCUGGUAGAUGGACCAACAGCAGAAGGCAUAGCAGAAGAUAAGAAACUUUCCAAUGAUCAAAAGACAUCAACAUUGCUCAGCUCUGUCAGUGCCUUCAUCAGUUCCAAGCUAAAGUCAAAGGAAUCCGUUAAUGGACAAAUGAAACAAGAGACAGACAAAGGAGCUGAGAAAGCUGCAGCCAACAGGAGCUACGGUUUGUGGUAUUUUACUGGAAAACUGUCCGAUGUGUACAAAGAUGCUGGUAGAAGACUGCAGGACACACGUGACAUUAUUCAAAAUGUACGAGUAAAUGAAAUUAAGGUUGUACUCUCUCAGUAUGUGACCAUGGUGUCCAAAGAACUGCCGCUGAUUAAUCGAAUGCAGACUAAACCAGAGCCAGAACCAGGCAUCCCUGCAGCAAACAAAGUCAGUUUGGUCGACAGAUCAAAGAAGGAUUGCGCUCUUAGUCUUCCUCAGAAUUGCAGCGUCUCUGUGAUCCCUGGAAUCUCAGAAUGGCCUGAAGGCUCUGUGUCGUCUCUCAAAAACACAUGUACUGAGGUGUUUUCUCAGACACUGGUUCAUCUUCCACCAGCCUUGUCUCAGCUACAGUCACUUUCAUCCCAGGAGAUGCUAGAAAAGUUGGAAUCUCUGGCUCCUCCAAUGAAAGUCAACAAGCUUUUGAGUAUCUUCUGGCUUCAAACUGCCAACCGUAAGCAGCCGAUCCCAAAGCCUGGCUGCUUGCUUUUGUCAGACAAGGACAUAAUAGUACUGUCAAAUAAAACCACUUCAAAUGACAGCUUAGCUAUUUUUCAGCAUUUUAAUCUCAUGGAAAUCAAGAAGGUCCAGAUCAGCUUGGCAGGGCAGCACAUCCGACUAAUUGGCAACACUGAAGACACCGUCUUGACAGCCUUUACCCACAGCAAAGAGCUUACCCAGGACUUCUGCAAGGCUUUACUGAAGGCGUUCCCUCUUGACAAGGGAACUGAAGAUCAUCCGUUACUCUCUGGUGACCUCAUGGCCCUCUCUCUGGAUUGGACAUCGAAUGUUCCUGACAUCAUCCUGGACAAUGGCCUUCACAUAACUUCCAGAUUUAAGCGGGUCCUCGCAGAUCUGCUCUACAUUAUCCAUGGGAACAUGGAAGGUCCUGGCAAACCAUCUCUGGCAAACAUUUGUCCACUGCUCUAUACCAGCGUCAAGGUCAUGAACUCUACCCGUCUGCAUCAGAGCGCCGUUUUUCAGUUCCUCCUGACGGACACUCAUGUAGCCAUUCUCCGCGAGGACGGCGUCUUUCACCCAGUGCCACGUGACUCCAGUCUGGUCCCUGCACAGCCCCAGUUUCAGGGGCUUGAACUCCGCAAGCGGUCAGAGAUCAGAUGCCUGCUUGUGAAGCAGAAUGACAACUGUCUGGUGGUGGACAUCACGUUUACAACUCACAAAACACAAACUCGAGGAAAGAAGUUGGAGUCCAGGCGAGGCUCAAUCGACGUACCCUCUCAUUACAACAGACAGAGUGACUCCUGGAAGUUAGCUUUUGGUUGUACUUCAGAAGCUGUGAUCUUGAUUAAUCAUCUGUGUACCUGAGUUACUUACCUGUGUCCAAAAGAAAGGAAGAAUUUAAAAAUAAAAGAAAUGAUCAUCAGUCGCCAUGUUUAUUUAACAGAAAAAUAAGUUCAGAGAUUGUCUGAACACGUGAUUCAUCAUUGUGCCAAAGUAAAUGGACGUAUCUCAAAGUAUUUUUUUAUAUAUUUUAAAAUGUUUUACAAACAUCUGUUAUUUAAACGGAAUUAUGUGAUUUGGCCAUUUUGCAACAAUGUCCUAAAGAUUGUCUUUCACGAUUCAGACCAUGUUGACACCUAUGAACUGUAAUCUCUGUUGUUUACAUUGUCAUAAUGAAUGAAUUUCUUUGCAUCUAUGAGAAUUAAAUGGUUUUGUCUAUCAGUUUUUAGUCGUAUUCACCAUUUUUGUUAAUUCUUGUUUGAUUUUUAUCUUAAUGUUUCAAAGGGAGACUGUUAAUGUGACUUAAUUGCACAGUUUGGUCUAAAAGUUUGCAGCUGCACUUUAAAAAAAAAAGAUUGUAAUCUGAUGACUUGAAGAAGAUGGAUGUAUUUGUCAUGAUGUGAAAUGAUUACAGAUUAAAUAUAAUUAGUAUGUAUUUAAAGCAAUAAUGUUGAAUGUGCCUUUAUAAUUAUACACCAUGAGAACAUGUUUAUUAUGUGGACAGAAUAAUAAAGAUUGAUCCUUGUAUCCUU